AUGCGUGAGCCUGUAUCAGAAAAUAUAACUGUUUGGUUCAGUUAUACUGAAGGUAAUAAUCUUUACCCAUUGCCUAAUGAUACUGUAAUUGAAAAAGGGACAAAACCUACUCUAACUUUUGGUGUAAGUGCUAGAACAGCCGGUCAUACUACUAUUCUUGCUAAAGUUACCCCUCCUGUCGUAGUAACAAAAGAUGCAUUUAUAAGGGUGGGUGUUUUCAAAGUGUAUGGAUGGGUUGUAUUUAGUUCAAUCAUUGGAUGGCUGUACUUUAUUUGUUGGUCUGUGUCAUUCUAUCCUCAGAUAAUUGAAAACUUUAGAAGAAAAAGUGUUGUAGGUUUGAAUUUUGAUUUUUUGGGCUUGAAUUUGACUGGGUUCAUUGCUUAUUCUGUGUUCAAUUUGGGCUUACGAUAUGUUCGAGAAGUUCAAUUAGAAUACCACAGUAUUAAUCCUACUGGUAUUAUUCCUGUAGAAGUGAAUGAUGUUGUGUUUGCAGUCCAUGCUGUAUUUGCGACAGCUGUAACUAUAGGCCAGUGCUUUAUUUAUGAGAGAGGGAAUCAACUCAUAUCAAAAACAACUGUUGCUGUGCUUGCUCUUGUUUGGUCCACUGCUGCUGUAUUCUUACUACUUACGGCUUUGGAAGUUAACAAGCACACACCAUGGCUUUCAUUCCUUUAUUUCUUUUCAUAUGUUAAACUUGGUGUUACUUUAACAAAGUAUAUACCUCAGGUUGUUUAUAAUUUUAAAAGAAAAUCUACUGUUGGUUGGAGUAUUGGAACAGUAUUAUUGGAUUUUAUUGGUGGUCUUUUUAGCAUUGGACAAAUGUUUAUCAUUGCUGAAAAUUUUAAUGACUGGUAUUCAAUUAUUGGAAAUUUCACAAAAUUUGGACUGGGUGUGGCUUCUAUUACAUUUGAUGUUAUAUUUAUGGUUCAACAUUUUUGCCUCUACAGGAGAAAAUCGCAUGCUGAUUCUCAAGAAAGUUCAUUAAUGGAAUAAAAUCUGGAUUUUUUAAAAGACAAAGUACCCAUAAAAUAGUUUCAUUCUUUAAAGAUAUAAGUUCUGAAAAUAUUUUAAUCUUAAUGUGCUAACUUUGAUGUUUCAAGUAAACUGUGUUUAUGUAAUGCUUUUAAACAAAGUUAAGGAAUACUAAUCAAAUAGUUGAUCUGCAUGUCUUUUCUUUAUGAGCUUAUUGUAUGUUAUUUUGAAAGUGCUGCAAAAAUAGCAUGAAAUUUAUUCCAAUUUUUAUAUUUUAUUUCCUGGGAACUCAAAUUUCCAGUAAAACAAGAUUUAAAACAUUAAUGACUGACCUUCUCUUGACAAAGUAAAAAAGUAAUAAUACAGCUUUUUCCAUAUGUAUUUUUUCUACGUCAUUUGUUCUUAUUUAAAAGAAGAGUUUAUUUUGCCGUUUUUCACUAACAGUCUUAUUUUAAUUUUUACAAUUUCAAUAUUUGUUUGGCUGGUUUAGUUAUUACUUCACAAUAUAUGUACUUUUAAUCUGAAAUUAUAUCAGAUGUCAUCUGUAAAAUUAAUGUGUUAAUUGUGAUGAUUAAUUUCAAAGACAAUGAUUAAUUUCAACUGUUAAGUAACAAAUCAAAAAUAAAUGCUCUUGAACGGUUAUUAAUGCAUUUUUAUAUGAGCCAGUUAUGCAGAUUUAGAAAUCAUUGAUGAAAAUGUAACCUGAUGUUGGGUACAGGCUGUUAAUUAUGACAAAAACUAAUCAAUUUAAUAAAAUCUCAGUAGGUAAAUUAAUAAUUUAUUUACAUAGAAUACAUUGUUUUCAAAGAAAUUAACAGCUUUUAAGGUAGUUGGAGAAAAGCGUGUUAAUAAAACUUAAAAAAUACUAUGAUCUGCAUGAAAUUUUUGUCCUUUUUCAAUCUUUCGAUAAUUAUAUUUAGAUGACUGAGGACAAAGUGUUAUUUAUAUAUUUAUUUUUAUUUUAGUAUCUACAUUGUGAAUGUGUAUUAUAAAUUUGUAGUUUUCCAAGUUGUAACUUUUCAUUGUAUUGGCUGUAAAUAUCUGUUAAAUUGAAUGUUAUAAUGUAAAUAACUUAUUUAAACAGUUCUGCAUUUUAUGGGAAUAAUGUAAAUUGUGUAUAAAGAAAUUUAUAAUGUACUAAUUUAUUAUAUUUUAGUACAGAAUGGCAGUAAUGCUAAAAUAUGCCAAAGCUUUUAUUCACUUUGUUCUUCUCCACUAGUCAUUAAUUUUAAGCACUAGAUUAAAAUUGAUGGUUUAUUGUAUAGCUUAUUAAACAUUAUGAAUAAAGUAAAGAUCUUUGUAUAAUUUAUUUCUGGUCUAGUGUUGAUGUCAUUAUUCAGUUAUUUUUAAAUAAAAAUUAAAAAAUCUUA